GGCCCGGUACUAGUACCCGUGUCCCCCUCCUUCCCGAGCUCCGGGGAGGACCGGGCGAGAGGACACACCACUCGUCGGCUCCGCUCGCUCUGUCCCCCCGGCCCCAGAGACAGGCAGCCGGCGAACGGGCGAAGCGCGCCGCCGCGGAGCAAUGGAUUUCAAGGGGUUCUGGGAGUCCAGAUUCGGGGGCAAGAAGGAGCGGGAGCCGGAGCAGAACGGGAGCGCCAACGGCGAAGCCAACGGGACCGCCCCGAAGAGGACCGCCGAUCUGGCGGUCUACGAGCAGUUCGAGCAGCAGGCCAGGCAGACCCAGGUCCGAGCCGCCGCGAUUCGCGAUGGGGCUGCGGAUGUGAUCCAGAAGCCCCUUCUACCUCCAUUCGAGUCAGCUGAAAUGCGUAAUCUCGCGGAGACAUUGUUGAGGGAUAUUAUUCGUGGGAGUCCAGAUGUGAAAUGGGAGAGCAUCAAAGGACUAGAGAAUGCAAAACGCCUUCUAAAAGAGGCAGUUGUCAUGCCCAUAAAGUACCCAAAAUACUUCACUGGUCUCCUGUCUCCAUGGAAAGGCAUCUUACUUUUUGGCCCCCCAGGGACAGGAAAGACAAUGCUGGCAAAAGCGGUUGCUACUGAGUGCAAAACCACCUUCUUCAACAUUUCAGCAUCAUCAAUUGUUAGCAAAUGGCGUGGAGAUUCAGAGAAGCUUGUCAAAGUUCUGUUUGAGCUUGCUAGGCAUCACGCACCAUCCACCAUAUUUCUUGAUGAAAUAGAUGCCAUUAUCAGCCAGCGUGGUGAAGCUCGUAGUGAGCACGAAGCUAGUCGUCGUUUGAAGACUGAACUACUUAUUCAGAUGGAUGGUUUGACAAAGACAAACGACUUGGUAUUUGUACUAGCAGCUACAAAUCUACCAUGGGAAUUGGAUGCCGCUAUGCUGCGCCGGCUUGAGAAGCGGAUUCUUGUACCGCUUCCUGAAGCUGAAGCAAGGCAGGCAAUGUUUGAGGAACUUCUGCCAGCAACUACCUCAAAGCUAGAGGUCCCGUAUAAAGUACUGGUUGAGAAGACUGAAGGUUACUCUGGUUCAGAUAUCCGUCUUGUGUGCAAAGAAGCUGCCAUGCAACCACUGAGACGUCUCAUGUCGGUUCUUGAAGCCAGUGAUGAGUUGGUGCCAGAGGAAGAACUGCCUGAGGUUGGUCCUCUGAAACCUGAAGAUAUCGAACUUGCUUUAAGGAACACUAGGCCAUCAGCCCAUCUCCAUGCACAUCGCUAUGAAAAGUUCAACCAGGACUAUGGGAGCCAGGUUCUAUGUUCAGAGCAAGCUUGAUUAUCAGGUCGAUGUUUCAUUCAACGAUGGGACUGGAGUGGAGCUAUUCUACCCAAGCACAUCAGUUAGUUCACAUGUUGAUGGGGGUCACAUUGUGUCGAAAUGGUUGGACCGGUAACUAGGCUCCUCGGUAGAUUGCAAUUUCCCCAUCAUGGGUUGAAGUGUUGGCUGCGCUCAUAUCUUUAUGCUGGUGUCUUUAGCCAGGCUGCGAUUUUCACGAAGCCUCUGAUCUUACAGCAAAAAGUUGGUUCGUUGUUUGGUUGCGUGUCCAAAUAAAUGUUUGGUACCUUCAGAGAUGUACACUGGUUAGUAGUUAUAAUGAACUGAAUGCGAGCAGGUCUAGAUUUUUUUUUCUUAUUGUUGACACGAUAUCCAACUCGUUAAACAAGCUUUAAGAUACUCA